CUGAGAACUAUUUUUAUAGCGCAUUGAUAAAAGGCUUGAGUGUGUCCUGGCCAUUUCCUGUGUGGUGGAAAAGAACUUAAAAAUUCUUAAUUUUGGACGAAUAAAGAAGAAAUUCACUAAAAAUGGGAUAUGAAAGAUGACAGAGAAUUUAUCCAAAGAUGAUGAGACACUUGUGCGCGUUCAGGCACAGGUCAUGACCCGUGACGACUCGAGCGGAGGUUGGGUGCCCAUGGGUGGUGGGGGUCUCAGCUAUGUUGGGCUCGUUCGGAGGGUGAAGCCAGAGGAGAGCAAAAGCGAGUAUCUCAUACUGGGCCAAAGAAUUGCAGAUAACUCUGUUGUUUUGAAGUGUGAUAUUAAAAAGGAUAUACGCUACACAAUACCGAAUCCCAAGUUUCAUCACUGGCACAUUGAAGACAAGAGGUUUGGUCUCACGUUCGAGCGCUACGAUGAUGCCAAGGCCUUUGACAGGGGAAUAAGGAAAGCAGUUGCCGACUUGACCAAUGGAUUUGGGGAUGACAAGGCUGAUGAUGUCUUUAAGGAGCUUGUCUUGCCGAUUUCCCGGACAGGCAGUUCUUCGCAGAGCACGACGUCAACUACAACAAACUCCCCACAGUCUCCCACGAUGUACACGUCAUCGAUACCAGACAUGUACACCUCACACACUCAUCACCACCUCCACCGCGUCCACUACUUGCCACAUCGCCAUAAACCACAGUCGUUAGACAAGAGCAGUAGUAGUAGAGAUGAGUACGAGUCUCCGGAAGAGGUCUGGGUUCGACCCGACGAACCAACAACAUUAGGCACAAAAUCAGAUCAGGGACUUCUAGACACUGUGUCAUCUGAUAAUGUAGAACUUAAAGAAUAUUCGUAUGUGAUCUUUGCUCGAAAGCAGCAACAUGAAUAUAGUUACCCAAACUUAGAACCUGUUCACAAAAGUUCAACAAAAAGAGAAGCAAUAAUUGGCAAAAAGCACCACUCACAAAUAACUAUACAACCAAAACCACCUUUACCGGUGAAAAGUAAUAAAAAGAACAAAAACAGCAACAAUGUUCAAACUAAUCGGUUAUUGACUAAAGCACGGUGUAAGCACUGUCAUGAAACAUUUGCACAUGAAGAUAAUCAUCGGGGAAGUUGUGAGGAAGCUCCAGACAAUGUAGAAAAAUGUAUAGAAUUUAUAACUUGUGUAACAUGUGCCAAGGGGCUUAUAUAUCAUUGUAUGGCGGACCCUGAUGGUGAAUACGGUCGUGUGUGUAUAUGUGAUAGCUCUGACGAGGCAAACUGUAAGAAAUGGACGGUAUUAUCUGUGUUGUCCAUGUUCGUGCCAUGCCUCUGGUGCUAUUGGCCACUGAAGGCCUGCCAUAUGUGUGGCGUGUACUGCGGUUGUUGCGGGGGUCGACAUAAAGCCUCUUGAGGCUCGUAGCUCAACACCUUGUCGGAUACAAAUCCCGUACAUGCACACACGAGCAUAGUCGUCGCCCAUGAUUACUACUACAGUAUUUCAAAUAAUAGCUCGCCUUUAUAUAUUGUGCUGCAGCUCAGACCUGUGCAAGGUUAGUGAAGACGUGGUUCAGCCGUUUGAAACUGUUGAACCACAGUUGUGAUUCUUGUACACAACUCUCACUCGUGCCAUCACGUGACUUGUCACCAAGGAGAUCUUGGCAGCAGGUUACUUUAUAUAGUCUUGAGACUUGCAGUGCAAGGUGUCUGUCCGAAAUAAAAAUGAUUAUAUCACAUCCCGAGGAGGGGACUGUUGCCUAUUUUUUAUUUAGUUUUCUCAACUAGUGCAAUUAGAAAAUGUUCAGCAAUCUAUUUGCAAUACAAGAAAGUCAUUGAAUGGAAGUGCUUAGAUGACCUGUACAUGGAGACAGAAGAUUAGUUACACGUAUUUAUGACACCUACUGGUAUUCAGAGUUUUUGUUCCGGGGGCGUAAGGAACAGAAACCUGUACAAACCUGAGUUGUGAAUGGAGAGGAUGAUAUUAUUUUUUGAGCUGUGCUCAAGGACAGAUUUUUUCUCCAAGAAGGUUGUUGAAACCAUGGUAUUGGUUUCCUAGAGACAAUUUGGUGCUCAAUCUGCACUGGACUUUACAAACAAGUGUCGGGCUCAAUAAAUUUGUUUGCCUCUACUAUAAAUUUAUUCUGACUUAAUCUAUUUUAUGACAAAUAAAUGGUUAAUUUCAUUGUCAAGAUUUUAUUAGCUCACAUUUCCAACCAUCCUUUACAAGGUUAAGUGAAAUUAUUAGAUGACUAACAUCACAUUAAUAUACAAACCUUUGUAAGAUCUUUUGACUAAAAUGAUUUCAGAAUAAUUUAGAUGAAAGGUUUAUCUGGCUGCUGGUAUGCACAUUUUCCUUCUAAGAUUUUUAUUUAUUUCAAAUGUAGAGGCAGACAGACUUACUGAGUUUGUGACACUUCUAAUAGGAGGUGUGAAUGCAAAAGGGUUCUAACUGCUUCUAUAUCUGAUGUCACUUAGAACCUUAUUGCAUUUCAAUCCUUCAAUUUUAUGUUCAAUAACAAGUGUGAUAAUCACAAAAGUGUGGAUACUAUAAUCCAUUAAAGGAACCUUGUGUUAAUGCAAUUUAUCUAGUUUCUUUUAAUGUAUUAGUGCUUCGUUUCUAUUUACUAAGAUGUAAUUAGUUUUUCUAUAAUGUGCUCGUUUUUUUGACAUGAUAUAGAAUAAUAUAAGUAUAUAUAAGUAUAUAUUUUGUCUAUUUGUUAUGACACUUUUUCAUUAUGUCAGUGGUAUUGUUGAAGUCAUCCCAUUACUGUUUGUUUUGACAAAUAUGCAAAAUCUCACAUUAGCGCAUGGCUUAUUAUUGCUCAGAUCUGAUGGCUAAAUCGCUUCUGCAUAAUUUGAUGCCCUGUGAGCAGCUUAUGAUGUUGUGUUACUUUAACUGCAACUUGUAUUCAACAGUUUAAAAGUCUCUCUGAACAAAGGUGAAGGUUCUGAUAUUACUCUGUCCCAGAAAUUAUAGGUCAAGGACAUUUAUUAGUGAAGCAUUAUCUCGGAAUGAUCCAAAGUAUACAAACCCUGUACUUAUAAACUGUUUGUUAAGCUUAUUCAGAUUCAAAACUCUACAUCUAAAGUUAUUUUUAUCACUUGUGUAGGUAGCGACACAUACUUGGGCCUAUCAAGGAGUUCGAGCCAAAAUGUUCUAUGUGCCUCUUCAAUUAAUGACACUUAGAACUUUCUUGCUUUUAGCCCUUGAUAAGCACAUUUUCAACAUCAGUAGAAAGGAUAUGAGAUAAAGGUAUUUUCAACCGUCCCAAUAGCCUGUGCUUCUUAUCAUCACUGGGAUAGGAGUUUGUAACCUCACCGAUGGCCGAGCUACACCCCCACAAACAAUUGUUAUCAAACUUAUUGAAUGUUAUAGAAUAUUGUUUGGGAUGUGGUUUACCAUUCUUUGCCACACUUCAGAACCACUGUUUCACAAAAGAGUUCAAGUAUGGUAUUACACUAUUAUGAAUUACAGUUCGUUUGAUAUGGAAAAGUGAUAUUUUCUCAGAAACUAAAUAUAAUCUUGUGUUGACUCCAUACUUACAACUAUUUAAAAAGCGUUGAAACAAGUUGCAGUAAAAGUUGUUUGAUACACAGUUUCACAAGGGCUUACAGUCAUGUUCAACAUGGUAUUAUCAUUUAUCAAAACAUUAAAUUCUGGGGACGAAAAACAUCAUGCCUUUUAGCAUCUGAAAAUAGUAUUAUUUAAGUGCUCGUAUGUUGAUUUAUAUUAAAAUGGAUCGUUGUCCUUGUAAGGAUGAAACCUCUAUGAAUCAUUUAAGAUUUACCCAAGUUUGCUGUACCCCACUUUAUACUCUUCACUGCAGUUGUAGCCACAACGGUUUUGAAAAUUAGCAAAUAAUUACAUCUGUUGUUUAGAAAAUAAUUUACUGCAAAAUAUUGAAGCUUGGCUUAUAAGUGAGCAUCAUCGGAUACCCCUGGGCCACGGUACUCUAUUCCCAUCUGCUUUAUUUAGUAUCAUGGGACAUUUCACUUGGAAAAUCUUAUUGUCAUGAAUAAUUAAUGAGGCAGUUUCAUUGGUGCCUCAUAAGAUCUCAUGGGAAUCCCAGCAUGAAAUAACUUUGUGUGUUUUAUGUUUAGUAACAAAACCCCUGUAUGACAUCAUGGUUAAUCUUCUAAGCUGAAGAGAAAUAAACAUUAAAAUGCAAUUUUAUUGGAAGAAAAGUUCUCUCCCCUACCUCAUUUAUAUUCAUGAAAACAAGAUUUUGUCAGUAAAUUUUCUCAGGGUACUAAUGCAGUGUAAACAGAGUAAAGUACGGGGAUCGCCGACGAUGAUAAGCCGACAGAAUCAAUCAAGUUAUCAAGUUAAAUUGUUGAGUUUUUUUAACAGAAUUUUAGUUAUACAUCAAUUUUGUUUCCAUAACCCUCAUUCAAGCUUCAAUGUUAGAUUACCUUCUUUCAUUGUGACCGUAACUUUCUUGAAGGACUUAAGUUGCUUUGUUUAUAUUAAAUAUUUAAAAAAUAUUUCUUUAUUGAAAGAUGCUUGCAUAAAAGUUUUUGUUGCAACAAUGUUUUAAAUUCAUCAAUCCAGUUUUUCUUUAUGGUAAUGUUAAUGAUUUUAGUUUUGUGGUUGUAUAUUAUUUGCUUAGUUUUGUUUAUGACUUGUAUAAUUUGUUAUGCCUUCGUGCCAAAAUUUUCAUUUUAGUUUGUAAUGUACUUUAAUAAAACUGAAACCAUGCAACACGUAAUGUAGAACUACGGAAUAAGAGACGAUCUCCGGUAGGUAUACAGAAGUACUUGUAAGCUUUCAUACUUUGUUGUGUUGUUUUUUAUUUCCAUUUUUAGCUCACCUGAGCACAGCCAUGUCCUCAGGGGGAGCCAAUGUGAUCACCAAUUAUCCAUUUGCCAUCUGCUUUUAAAUGUAACCAUCUUCCGCUCUGCCACUUCUUAGCUUAAUCCUUUUUAGCCUGUCUAAGUUUUCAUUUUAGAAAAAAACACCAUUUAAAGAAUGUUAUGUUUUAAGCCCUAAAGAUAUUUGCUUUUAGAUCCAUACAAAGUUUGUUUUAAAAAAAUAAAAAUAACCUGGGUUCAGAAAAGACCCUGACCUGGGUGUUUAUUAAUAUUCUCAAAUCAUUUCACAGGUGAGCGAUACGGGGUCACUUUAGCCAUCUUAAUUGUUCUUCUUCUUUAACAUUUCCUUGAACAUUUCUCGCAUUCAGCAGAUUUGUUCUAACAAGAUGUAACUUGUAAUAAAAAAGUUAUGGUGACUGUCUCGAGUUAUUAAACUCCGAAGUUUAAAACAGAACAUCAAUUUAUUAUUCUAGCUGUUAAAUAAAUUGAUGUAUUGCUAUCUUUUAUUUGGAUUUUUUGGAUUAAUUGUUGCAUUAACAUUUCCUCUUCCAAGAUGUUCUGUAAAUGUUAUUUCCUGUCAUAAAUAAUGGCCAUUUGUAUAUUGACUGUGUUAAGUACAUGUAUAAUGUAUCAUAACUGUGUAUAUUAGGCAGUAUACAGAUGUAUUAUAAUUAUUUUGUUUUCAGAAAAUUUGUGCUAGGUUUGAAAUUGCCAGAUAAACUGUAAGUGCUAUAAACAUACACUGAAAAUUAAUCCCUUAAUGUCCACAGAACAAUCUACUAUUCAAGAAAAUUAUAACUUGCCUUGCAUUUCUAUUUUUUGUGUCGUCUGUGAAGCAUGGCAGACAUGUAGGUAUUACUUUGUCAGUGGUCACACUAUCGUUCCAGAUCAAUCACUCUUUGGUUUGGAUUGCACAUAAGUCAUGGUCAAUAGAUAACCCGUUUUUAUUUGGGGGCCAAAGGUCAAGGUCAAAUUAUGUGUGCUCCCGACAAACAGCACAUUCACUUCACAGAAUUCUAGCUUUAUGUUUUUAACUACCUUGCAAAAUGAAUGUUUUCCUAAAGUUAUGUUUAUCCUGUUGAAAAACUUUAAAAAGACAAGAAAUACUUUUCUAAACAAUGAAAUGUUUUUUGUUUUCAAUGAUAAUAAAUUUUGUGUUUAGAUAGUUAAAAAUGACUCUGUAUGUCAUUUUUUCACUUCACCCCGUUAUGCAUACUGUGUGCCUUACCUUAUACAUUUAUGAUAAUAUCAGAAGAUUAUGUUAGUAAAUCUUGAUUACUCAUGAUUGAAUCUGUAAACUGUGCUUCUUGUAUAUUCGACUUUAAUAUACUUCCAGCCUGAUGAUUGAAUGUUGUUUUGGAAAAAUAUUUAUUUGUAAGUGCAGAACAUAAAAGUAAUCAUUAUCUUAUUGGAAAAAUAACAAAUAACUCAAUUUACUUGUUUCUAAAGACCAUUUUGCUCUAAUUAUUUCUUAUAUGAUUAAUAAACAUUUUGUACAAUUAACAUUAAACCCUGAAGAUUUUACUGCAGUCAAGUUUCUAACUAAUGUUAAUUUAAUAACAUUAUGUUUCUAAUUUGUAAAUGUAUGUUAAUUAACUUUCCCCACUGUUUCACUUUGUCAUUAUUUUAUAUUAUUUUACUGCGUUGUACUUACGGCAAAUGUGUUUUUGCAAUGUGAAGUUUUAUGUACUAUGAAUGUAUAUUUUAUAUAAUUAAUGGCAAGCCUCUGUCUUAUGAUGAUGGUCAUUUACAGUGAGCAAUUUUAAUGAUUUCUGGAAAAUAAAGAGCUAAUGAAACAAG